AUGUCCGGCGAAAGAAAAGCCCCCUUUUCUUCUUCUCCUUUUUCUUUACAAUCAUCGAAAAGAGGAGGAAAAGGUGUCGCGCGAUGUUGUGCGCGAUUUGGACGAUUUCGUGCAACAACGCGUUGUUCGAAUUAUGGUUGCGGUCUUUUCUUCAAUCGUGUUGGUUCCUUCUCUUUGAAGAGCAAAAACCACGCGUUGAGUUUUUCGACUUCACUUUCCUUUUAUUCGACGACGACGACGUCGUCCUCGUCGUCGAAUACUGCUACUGCUGCGUUCGGGAGUUUUCCGAAUCGUCGACGGUUGAGCUUCAUCAGCAAAGCGCAAGAUGACGACGAGGAAUACUUUGAAGAAGAAGAUGAAGAAGAAGAAGUAGUAGAAGGAGAUGUAGAAGAAGACGACGAUCAAGAUCAAGAUCAAGAUCAAGAAGACGAGGAAUACGAAGAAGAAGAAGAUGAUGAUGAAGAAGGAAUAGACGAGGAAAAUGAUGAUGAUGAAGAUGAUGAUGGUGAUGAAAACGUUCGUCUGUUGCGAGACACGUUUGAACUGGCAAACAUUGACGUCGUAAAAUGGAUAGAUUUAGAGGAGGAGGAAGACGUGGAAAUAAGCGGUAUUGUCUCGGACGCUCGGUACGCAAUACCGGGUGAUCUUUUCGUGUGCGUGGAUAACUCGUCCGACGAUCAAGAUCCGCACGAUGGACACGACGACGUGAGCGACGCGAUAGCGUUGCGAGGUGCCGUGGCGGUUGUUUCCGAGAGAGAAGAUGGGGUCGCGGAAAACGCCAACGGAGCGCCCGUGGCAGUGGUGAAGAGCACCAAAGGUAUUCUCGGGAAACUCGGAAAGGCGUUUUACGAAGACCCAUCUGGAAAGUUGGUCAUAGCAGGUGUUCUAGGUCAUCGCGGUAAAGAUACCACGUGUAAUUUAAUCAAAUCAAUCUUCGAAGCAAGCGAAAGGACCUUGAAGAAGAACGGGGCAGACGACCAAAGCGAGGACGAGGACGACGAAGACGAAUACGGCGACGAGGAUGAGUACUCCAAUCGCGCCGGCGUUGUUACUUCGAGUGGGUACUACGUCACGCCAGAAAUAUCGGAAGAAGACUUGGAUGAAAUUCCACACUCGUGCGCAGAGUGUGGCGCGACGUGCAUUCCAAAAGAUGUGAGAACAGAGAUGGGAUCGAGCGACUUUAUUUCGUGUCCAUCUUGCGGCGCUGAGGAAAUACAUCUCGAUCCGAUCGUCCCUGAAAUGAAAAUUACGCAACAUGGCGGCGUUUGGAUUCCAGAGGAGCAAGAUUUAACCGAAGGCAGAGCGUGUUCUGCGCCCGGAUGGCUCGCGCCGUAUCAAGGGAAGUACGAGAUUCCAGAGAGCGCUCCGGAUGCGUUGCAAAACCAGCAAAUUCUAGCCGGGAUGGUAGACGCUGGCGCUUCCGCCGUCGCCGUGGAAAUUUCUGAUGAAAGUUUAUUAAAAGGACACAUCGAUAGCGUCAACGUAGACAUCAUUGUCUUCACAAACUCUCCGAGAAUGACCGCCGCGAAUAACGGCGGCGAGGACAACGACGAUGAAGACCAAGAAACGUCAACUUCGGCUUCCUCCGGAGACGACGAAGAGAAAGCAGACACUGAAGAAAAAUUAAUUAAAGAAGGAGAAGGAGAGAAAGAAGAAGAUGCGUUCGAGACGAGUUAUGAAAGCAAUUUAACCGAAGAAGAGGUUCAGAGCUGGCGAGAGAGAUCGCUCGCGUUUAUUAGUUCUCUAGAUGAUCCAAAACAUCAACGCGUCGUCGUAAACUUGGACGAUGAUUUCGCCUCUGAAAUCAUUUCUAACUGCAAAGUUCCAGUAGUAACGUACGCGCGAAGACGUGAACAUAGAGACAUUGCGGACGUGUAUUGCGAGCGCGUCGAUUUGUCUCUCUUUGAAACUGCGGUUUUAGUAUCUACUCCAGUUGGGGAAACGGAGAUUGUAACGGCGCUCGUUGGAGAUGCGAACGUUUCCAACGUCUUAGCUUCUAUAGCUUCAGGAUUAGCGACAGAAAUUCCUCUCGAAAAUAUCGCACAAGGUUUAGGUCGCGCAAAUCCCGCGGGUGGCCGCAUGGAACUCGUCGACGAGGGUCAGAAGUUUUGCGCCUUAGUCGAUAGCGCAAAGACGCCGGAGGAUGUCAUGAACGCAAUUCAAUCGGCGAGAGCCAUUCCACAAUGUCGACGCGUUAUUGUCGUCGUCGGUGCGGAUGGUACUAACAAUGAUAUCAACGCCACCAUUGAUAAUGGAACUGAGAAAGCAAUGCGACGUAAAUUAGGCGAAACGGUGGAUAAAUACGCCGACGUCGUCUUUGUCACCACGCAAUCGCCGAAGAACGAAGACGCGUACGAUCUUUUAGAAGAUGUCGUCGACGGCUUUCGGAGUCGCGUGUACGACUUACCCGAGGUCAAAGAACGAUUACCAGAUGGUAUUAUCACCGACAUUCCUUUCAUGAAAGAUAUGUAUUUGAUUCAUCCGAACGCGCAAUCCGAAGCAGUAGAGUUGCAAAACUUGGUCCGACGAUACGUCAUAGUGGAUAGAUUCUUCGCGGUUCGAGCGGCGAUUGCGAUGGCCGAAGAGAACGACUGCGUGUUAAUUUUAGGUAAAGGCGACCAAGAUUUCUUCGAGAUUGAAGGUCAAAAGUAUUGGUUCGAUGAUCGGAUGGAAUCCAGAGACGCUUUGAAACGUUUACCCGCUUUACAAGCCGAAGGGGUGGUGACGACCUCGCUCCCGUGGUUUAGAGUAGAAGACGGGGCCUUCCAAGGUAAUAUUCUUGGCAUAACUGCCACGUAG